AUGUGGUGGCUUUCUUCUUCCUGGCUCUCCGAGCUCUCAUGUUCUUCCACGGCGGUUAUAUCUGAACCAACAUCUACUGUAUCUAUAGCAAUCCAAUGGCUGAGAUUUGUUUUCCUCUCUCCGUGCCCUCAACGUGCUCUCUUCUCCGCCGUAGAUCUUUUAUUCGUGGUCGUCCUUGUCUUCUUCGCCCUUCGGAAGCUCUUUUCUUCGUCUUCUUCAUCAACCUCAGUCAACGGAAACGCCGAGAUUAGGAAACCUCUACUCGGAAACGAUGGAAGAAUCCAAACAAGAACAACCGCAUGGUUCAAAUCCACGGUCGUAGCCACCGUUUUACUGUCGGUUUGCUCCGUUGUGGUCUGUGUUUUGGCGUUCACGGAGAAGCAACGGACACAGAGACCAUGCAACGUUAUAAACCCGAUGUUUUGGCUAAUCCACGCCGUCACAAAUGCCGUCACCGCAGUUUUUGUCCUCCACGAGAAGAGAUUCGCAGCUCUGAAGCAUCCCUUAUCUCUAAGAGUCUACUGGGUUUCAAGCUUCGUCGUGACAACUCUCUUCACCGUCUCCGUGAUUCUCCACGUACUCUCCGACGACUCAACCGCCGCGGUCCUGAAAGCAGAAGACGUCGCAUCGUUCUUCUCCUUCCCGUGGACCGCCUUUCUGCUCAUCGCUUCCGUCUUAGGAAGCACCGGCGUUGUCACAACGGAAGGGAACAACAACUACAGUGAUACGGCACCAUACGACGCCGUUUCGGAGAAAGCCGGUAAGUCUCUCUACGCCUCCGCUUCGGCUUUAUCCAAGACGUUCUGGUUAUGGAUGAAUCCUUUACUGAGCAAAGGUCAAGUCACGCUCUCUCCAGAGCACAAAGCAGAGAGGCUCGCGCUUCUCUUCGAAUCAAACUGGCCGAAACCUUCCGACAACUCGAGGAGCCAUCCUGUCGGUACGACCAUACUCCGAUGUUUCUGGAAAGAGAUCCUCUUCACGGCGAUCCUCGCAGUCGUGCGUCUCGGCGUCAUGUACGUCGGUCCUGUUCUCAACCAGAGCUUCGUCGAUUUCACCUCCGGCAAGAGAUCCUCGCCGUGGCAGGGGUACUACCUCGUCCUCGUCCUCCUUGUCGCCAAGUUCGUGGAGGUCUUGACGACGCAUCACUUUAACUUCAGCUCGCAGAAGCUUGGGAUGCUCAUAAGGUCGACUCUAAUCACGGCACUGUACAAGAAAGGUCUAAAGAUCACAAGCUCCGCGCGACAGACACACGGCGUCGGUCAAAUCGUGAACUACAUGGCCGUGGAUGCGCAACAGCUCUCUGACAUGAUGCUUCAGCUCCACGCAAUCUGGCUUAUGCCCUUACAAGUGGCUCUUGCUUUGGUGCUUCUCUACGGAAGCCUAGGCCCGUCUGUUGUCACCGCCAUCAUCAGUCUAACCGGAGUGUUCGUAUUCGUCCUCCUUGGGACUAAGAGAAACAACAGAUACCAAUUUAGCUUGAUGGGAAACAGAGAUUCUCGGAUGAAGGCCACCUACGAGAUGCUUAACUACAUGCGAGUGAUCAAGUUCCAGGCUUGGGAGAAUCAUUUCAACAAGAGGAUCCUUGGAUUCAGGGACCUGGAGUUUGGUUGGCUCUCCGAGUUUCUCUACUCUAUUGCCGCAAACAUCAUUGUUCUCUGGAGCACGCCGGUUCUUAUCUCGGCUCUCACGUUCGCCACCGCGCUUUUCAUGGGAGUCAAGCUUGACGCUGGGACCGUGUUCACCACCACCACCAUUUUCAAGAUCUUGCAAGAACCCAUCAGGACGUUCCCUCAGUCUAUGAUCUCUCUCUCGCAGGCAAUGAUCUCUCUGGGAAGACUUGACUCCUACAUGAUGAGCAGAGAGCUGUCUAGCGACGAGGCCGUGGAGAGAUCCGUGGGUUGUGAUGGUAAUAUUGCCGUGGAGGUAAGAGAUGGAAGCUUUAGUUGGGAUGAUGAGGACAACGUACCUGCACUCAAAGACAUCAACUUUAAGGUUAAUAAAGGAGAGCUCACAGCGAUAGUUGGGACCGUUGGUUCAGGAAAGUCUUCCUUGUUAGCCUCGGUUCUUGGCGAAAUGCACAGAAUCACGGGGCAGGUGAGUGUUUGUGGCAGCACAGGUUAUGUAGCGCAGACAUCAUGGAUCCAGAACGGCACGGUUCUAGACAACAUCUUGUUUGGUCUUCCGAUGGAUAGAGAGAAGUAUAACCAAGUUCUCAAUGUCUGUUGUCUGGAGAAAGAUCUGGAAAUGAUGGAGUUUGGAGAUCAAACUGAGAUUGGAGAACGUGGAAUCAACCUCAGCGGAGGUCAGAAGCAGCGUAUACAGCUCGCACGUGCAGUUUACCAAGACUGCGAUGUUUACUUUCUUGAUGAUGUUUUCAGCGCCGUGGAUGCUCAUACCGGUUCAGACAUUUUCAAGAAUUGUGUAAGAGGAGUUCUGAAAGGCAAGACCGUCUUGCUCGUAACCCAUCAAGUGGACUUCUUGCACAACGUUGAUUGUAUUUUGGUGAUGCGGGAAGGGAAGAUUGUUGAAUCAGGAAGAUACGACGAGUUAGUCAGCUCCGGGUUGGAUUUCGGGGAGCUCGUGGCGGCACAUGAGACAUCAAUGGAGCUAGUUGAAGCCGGUGCAGAGUGUUCAGCGGCAACAUCAAUCAUUACAUCCCCAAGAGCACCAACGUCUCCUCGUGUCAGCUCCCCAAGAACGUCCAUGGAGUCUCCUCACUUAAGUGAUCUUAAUGAGGAACACGUCAAGUCGUUUCUCGGCUCUCACACACUAGAAGAUGGCUCGAAGCUCAUCAAAGAAGAGGAAAGGGAGACCGGGCAGGUUAGUCUGCGAGUUUACAAGCAGUAUUGCACCGAGGCCUAUGGCUGGUGGGGCAUUGUGUUUGUGGUGUUCUUCUCUCUAACAUGGCAAGGCUCUGUGAUGGCUAGCGACUACUGGCUCGCUUACGAAACAUCAGCCAACAAUGCAGUAUCGUUUGACGCCUCUGUUUUCAUUCGUGUAUACGUCAUUAUUGCGCUUGUUUCCAUCGUUUUGGUGAGUUUGCGCUCAUAUUACGUCACACACUUGGGACUCAAGACGGCUCAGAUCUUCUUCCGACAGAUUCUUAACAGUAUCUUACAUGCUCCCAUGUCGUUCUUCGACACCACACCAUCUGGAAGAAUCCUCAGCCGGGCAUCGACUGAUCAAACAAACGUUGAUAUCUUCAUUCCGUUCAUGCUCGGACUUGUGGCCUCAAUGUACACAACUCUGCUUAGCAUUUUCAUAGUUACUUGCCAGUACGCUUGGCCUACUAUUUUCUUUGUGAUUCCUCUUGGAUGGCUCAACAUUUGGUACCGGAACUAUUACCUAGCAUCUUCCCGCGAAUUAACACGCCUGGACUCCAUCACCAAGGCUCCUGUCAUCCACCAUUUCUCGGAGAGUAUAGCAGGAGUGAUGACAAUCAGGUCGUUCAGGAAACAUGAGUUGUUUAGGCAAGAGAAUGUGAAGCGUGUCAACGACAAUCUUAGGAUGGACUUCCACAACAACGGUUCAAACGAAUGGCUCGGGUUUCGGCUUGAGCUUAUUGGGAGCUGGGUGCUCUGCAUCUCAGCUCUGUUUAUGGUUAUGUUACCAAGCAACGUUAUCAAACCAGAAAAUGUAGGGUUGUCUCUUUCUUACGGGCUGUCUUUGAACUCGGUUCUGUUUUGGGCAAUCUACAUGAGAUGUUUUGUCGAAAACAAGAUGGUUUCUGUUGAAAGGAUCAAACAGUUCACUGAUAUUCCUGCUGAAUCCGAGUGGGAGAGCAAAGAAAACCUCCCACCUUCCAACUGGCCUUUCCCUGGCAAUGUACAUCUCGAAGACCUCAAGGUACGGUACAGGCCAAACACUCCACUUGUGCUCAAAGGAAUCACUCUAGACAUCAAAGGAGGAGAGAAAGUUGGUGUCGUUGGACGAACAGGAAGCGGGAAAUCGACGUUGAUCCAAGUCUUGUUCAGGCUUGUAGAACCAUCAGGAGGGAGGAUAAUCAUCGAUGGGAUUGAUAUAUGCAACCUAGGAUUACAUGAUCUCAGGUCAAGAUUCGGAAUCAUUCCUCAAGAACCAGUCCUCUUUGAAGGAACCGUGAGAAGCAACAUCGACCCAACAGAUCAAUACUCCGACGAAGAAAUCUGGAAGAGCCUUGAGCGAUGCCAACUAAAGGAUGUUGUUGCUACAAAGCCUGAGAAGCUCGAUUCUUUGGUGGUUGAUAGUGGUGAGAACUGGAGCGUAGGACAGAGGCAGCUUCUUUGUUUAGGCAGGGUUAUGCUGAAACGAAGCAGACUUCUGUUUCUAGACGAAGCAACUGCAUCUGUAGAUUCUCAAACCGAUUCAGUGAUUCAGAAGAUUAUUAGAGAAGACUUUGAGUCGUGUACCAUAGUUAGCAUCGCUCACAGGAUCCCAACAGUGAUGGACUGCGAACGAGUACUCGUCAUAGACGCAGGUAAGGCAAAAGAGUUUGAUAGCCCGACUCGUUUGCUUGAGAGCCACUCUCUUAUUGCGGCGCUGGUGCAAGAGUAUGCUCUCAGAUCUUCUGGAAUAUGAAAAUUAGAAAAAAUAUCUAAAGAUAUUAUUUUAACUGACUGGAGAAAAAAAAUCGAGAUUGUUUCUUAUGUAAUUUUUGUUUAAACAAUAAAACAGAAUUUGAAUAAUCAAAUGUUUUUGUAACCCAAACGACAUCGUUAAUUCAACGGUUUCAUUUUAGGACU